UGAUCUUACUAUAAAAUAAUAAAUAAGGAAAUUCAUGCACUAUUAAUUGUCUCUUCUAGUUCUCUCUCGAACAACAGCAUACACUCAACACAAUCUUAUCUCCUACGUACCCACAUGGCCAAUUCAACUCGUACUCCUCUUCUAUCCCAAUCCAACUCAGACGAUUCAUCCCAAUCUCACCACCUAGAAGGCCACCUUCCAUCACUUGAUUCAACCAUUGAAAACUGCAUCGGAAAAUUUGGUUGGGCCCAAUUUCUCCAAGCCAUCGUUGUCUCAUUUGCGUGGUUCUUUGAUGCUCAACAGACGUUUAUUUCCGUCUUCGCGGACGCUGAGCCCAUGUGGCACUGCAAUAGUAGAAUUAGACUCAGUAACAACUCAUGCAAUCCCAUCUCCGAUCAUUGCCACCUUCCGCGGGAUUCAUGGGCUUGGGAUUUGCCUGAACACACCUCCACCAUAUCUGAAUGGGGCUUACAGUGCGCUGGAUCCAUAAUGACAGGCAUGCCUGCGUCAGCCUUCUUCAUGGGCUGCCUUAUCGGAGGACUCGUCCUCGCCACGCUUGCCGAUUCCUUGCUUGGCCGGAAGAAAAUGCUUUCCCUUACUUGCCUUGCCAUGGCCAUGUCCACAUUUCUCACUGCCUUCGCCACUAAUCUGUGGACUUACUCGGUGUUGCGACUCAUCAGUGGCUUCGGCCGUGCCACUAUCGGCACGUGCGCUCUCGUUCUGUCAACCGAGUUGGUCGGCAAGCAGUGGCGGGGUCAGGUGGGUGUCAUAGGUUUCUUCUGUUUCACGUUAGGAUUUCUCUCUUUACCCGCCCUUGCUUAUUUAAAUAUUGGUUCUUCAUGGAGAAAUCUCUACGUAUGGACAUCUAUUCCUACAAUCUUAUACUCCUUAGUUGUUCAUUUCUUUGUUCUUGAGUCUCCCAGAUGGCUGUUCAUCAAUGGCCGAAAAGAAGAAGCUGUUGGAACUCUGAAAACAAUGGCUGAAGCAAACCAUGAAAGCUUGACCAUGAGCUUUUCAAACUUGCCUUUCGAGAAAGAAACAUGGAACGUAGAUCUUUACUCGGCAAUCAAGAUCUUGUUAGAGAAAAAAUGGGCCCUUAGGCGAUUAUUGGCGGUUAUGGCGAUAGGAUUCGGCGUAGGUUUGGUUUAUUACGGCAUGCCUUUAGCCCUCGGAAACCUGACUUUUAAUCUCUACUUAAGUGUAACUUUCAACGCCUUGUCUGAGCUACCAGCUUCACUUAUAACUUUCCUCUUCGUCGGAAAGCUAAACCGCCGAACCUCAAUUAUGGUCUACACUAUGCUUAGCGGGAUUUGUAGUAUAAUGUCUGUGGUGAAAGGCGUAAGGAUCUAUAAGACAUUACAGAUGGGACUAGAGUUGGUGUCGUUUUUCAGCGCGUGCUCGGCUUUUAAUAUUUUGCUGAUUUUCACAAUCGAGCUGUUCCCCACUUGUGUCCGUAACUCGGCGGUUUCGAUGGUUAGACAGGCGCUCGUUCUCGGUGGAGUGUUCAGUCCGGUGCUGGCUGCCGCGGGUAGGGGAGAUGGGUUUGUGUCGUAUGGAGUGUUUGGAGUAGUGAUAAUGUGCUUUGGAUUGUUUGUCGUUUGUCUUCCGGAGACGAGAGGGGGAGCAAUUUGUGAUACAAUGGAUGAAGAAGAGUAUAAAGACAAAACUACUGUUGGUUGUGGAUCAACGUAUGACGUAUAAGAUUCUCACCACUUGAUGUGCCAAGCCAAGUUGAAUGAAUCACGAAGUUAAGACAACCAAGUUUAUAAUGCCAGCUUUAAAUAAUAUUAUCACAAAAUUUUAGACUCAAUGAAUAUAUAUGUAAGUUCCUUCCAACUUGUCUUUAAUUAAUAUAUGUAUAUUUAAAUUUGUAUUGAUCAGUGCAUGGGAUCGAGUAUUCGAUCUAGUUCACUGAUUCUUUUAUUUUUUAUUU